AUGAGUACAUUUCUAUGUGGAGUUAUAUUUACAGGACUACUCACUCUUGCUAUUGUAUCUCAUGUUAAAACAAUGACAACAGAUCCAGGUGUGGUUCUUCAUGAGAGCACAACUGAAGAAGAAAUAGCUGAGAGACGUCGUCAAGGAGAAGAUGUUAGAUAUUGUAAAAAAUGUCGGAGUGUAAAACCUGACAGAGCACAUCACUGUAGUACAUGUGAACAUUGUAUACAUAGAAUGGAUCACCACUGCCCUUGGGUCAAUAAUUGUGUGGGUGAAAAUAAUCAGAAGUAUUUUGUUUUAUUUACCUUUUAUGUAAUGGCUACAUCAAUAUUUGGACUGGGUGUUGUUGGAUUAUUCUUUUUCAAUUGUGCCAUGCAAAACUUUGAAGGUUGUGAUGCAUUUCUACCUGCUCCGUUGGUCUUCAUUUUAAUGAUAAUGGGUGUAUUUGAAGGUUUCCUGUUCUCUCUCUUUACAUGUAUAAUGUUCUGUACACAAGUACAUUCCAUUAUUACUGAUGAAACAGGUAUUGAACAACUAAAGAAAGAGACUAGGGCAAAACGAAGAUGGUAUGGCCCUAGGGAUACCCUGUUAAAUGAGCUGAAUGGGGACGAGAAGAAUGGGUCACUUGUGGAAAUCCACGUCUUGGAAGAGGUUCACUUUCUGGACCAGGAAGAGAGGAAAGGUGAUGUGUUGGAUCAGCCAUGUAAUGGUCAGGAUAAUAUUGAUGAGCAGGAUGCUGUCU